AUGGAUGGUCGGACGCAAAUGCGUGGUGACUUUGAUGCUGUGCGCAACCUUUAUCGUCAUCCUGAUCGACAAGGAACGCCCGGCCGUGAGUUUGCCUGCAAACAUGAUAUUUAUGCUCUGAAGGUUGUCUUUCUGCCGGCUCAAGGAGCCCAGCGGACUGGAAAAUUACCCAAAGCAAAGGAGGUGUACGAGGCUCUCUUGUCACUUGCACAGCUGUAUCCUCCCAAUGAAAUAGACACCAAUUAUUCAACAGCAGUCAUUGAUUGUCUGAAAGGAGACUUUGCUCAAUCAUCAGAGGCUGGCUUCUUUUUGGAUUUUCGUGAGAAGGUCAUCGAUAGGAUGAGCGCGGGCCUGAAGCUAUGA